AGGUCUCUGCAGGCAGAGUCACUUCCGUCCCAGGUACUCGAGGCCGCGGCCUUCAUUCCUCUCGGAAAGGCUCUGAGCAAAUAAAGAUCUGGGAUUUAUAGCCCUUUUAGAAGGUGAUCCAUAAAUGUUGGGAUCAGGAAGAAUACCUCCGGAGCCACAAGUUGUGUGAGGAGUUCUGGGUACGGCGUGGAGGCUGUCUCAUGCACUCAGGCGUCCUUCCGAAUAGCCUAAUGGUAGCUGGAAUCCAGCACACACUCUGCCUGCUAAGGUGUAUGUGGCAGCGUCUGCCUGGGGGAAGAGUUUCCCUAGGAAAAGAAGGAGAAAAUGACCAAGUUCCAGGUCCUCCUCAGGUUCUUACAGAAGACAAGCAUCCGGCCCACUCCAAAGCCGUUCUCCUGUGGAUCAAGAACAUCAGACAUACUAAUUGGUGAAAAGAGAAGCAGAAACUUUUAAAACCAUCCACAGUUCUCAUUCAGAGACCAAGACCUGAAUUUGUGAUGUUUGGAGCUCCAGCCAGAAAUGCAGAAUUGAACAGGAGCCAGUGACGUUCAAGGAUGUGGCUGUGGUCUUCACGGAGGAGGAGCUGGGGCUGCUGGACCCGUCUCAGAGGAAACUGUACCGAGACGUGACUCUGGAGAACUUCCGGAACCUGGUCUCAUUGGGGACUCAGCUCUUCAAACCAGACCUUAUCUUCCAGCUGGAGAGAGAAGAAAAGCGUUUGAUGGUGGCGACAGAAACCCAGAAAGAUGGGUGUUCAGGAAUCAAGAACCAACAUAAUGUGAAGAGUUUUCAAGAAGUGGGAUUAAACUGCCUUUCUCCCAAAGAGCUUUCCUCCUGGCAGACUUGGCAACAGGGUGCAAAUGGGUUAACCAGGUGUCAAGAUUCCAUGAAAAAUUUUCAAAGAAAUAUUUCUAAGUUGCAAAAACAAGGUGAUUCCCCCUGCCAGGUUUGGGCAGGAAUACCAAUGCAGAUUUCUGAAGAUGGGAACUAUAUAUUGACUCCUGGAGAGGAUAGUUCUGAUUACAUAAAAAAUCAAGAAUUUCCAUAUUGGAGAGCCCAGCAUCCUUGGAGUAAAAUGUGUCUGGCAGAGCCACAUAAUUAUCAGUGUAGAUGUCAACAAGUUUCCAUGAAAAAUAGUAUCUGUGAGUGUGAUGGCAUCAGUUGGAUCUCACAUCACAAUGACAAUCUGAGAGGUCACAGAACAGAAAAAACCCACAACUGCCAUGACUGUGGAGAAGACAUUAGGAAGGUGUCACUGCAUAAUCAAGAUUUAAUUCAAACAAGACAAAAGCCCUGCCCCUAUAAUGAUUACAGAAAAGUCAUCAGGGAUGACUUCAGCUCUGAGGUUCAUCAACAGUUAGAAGGGGAACCCCAUACAUACAGUCCAUGUGGAAAGGGCUGUAGUUAUAAUUCAGUUCUUCAUAUUCAUCAAUGUGUUCAUAGAAGAGAUGAUUGUAUUUUGGAGAGUUCACAUCUGCAAUCCCAUCAGAGAGAACAUACAGAAGAGAAGCCGUGUAUAUGUGAAUAUGGAGAGAACUUGAAUCGGUGCUCCUCUCUUAACAUGGAUGGACUUAUUCACACAGGAAAGACAUCCUAUACUUGUGAGAAAGCCUUCAGUCACAGCUUAGACCUUGGUGGUAUUUUUAGGGUUGGCACUGGGCAGGAACCCCAUGAAUAUAAGGAGAAUGGGAAUGUCCUUAAUCAUAGUUCUCAUCUGCAAGUCCAUCAGAAAAUCCACACUGAAGAGAAACUCUGCACAGAUGUAGAGUAUGAGGAAGAUUUCAUUUGUAAUUCAAAUCUUAAUAUUCAGCAUAGAGUUCACAUGGAAGAGAUUCCUUGUAAUUCGGAGGAGUGUGCUAAUGGCUUCAGUCUGCCCUCACAUUUUCAAGACCUUCAGAUAGUCCACCCUAGGGAACAACCCUAUAAACAUUAUUCAUGUGGUAACAACUUCAGCCAAAAUUCGUAUCUUCAAGGCCAUCAGAAAACUCACAUUGGAGAGAAAUCAUAUAAGGAGUGCGGAAAUGGCUUCAAUUGGAGUUUAAAACUUAAAGGUCACCAGAGAGUCCACACUGGAGAGAAGCCAUACAAAUGCAAUGCUUGUGGUAAAGGCUUCAGUCAUAGAUCAGUUUUUAAUGUCCAUCAGAGAGUCCACACAGGAGAGAAACCUUAUAAAUGUGAGGAGUGUGAUAAGGGAUUCAGUCGCAGUUCAUACCUUCAAGCCCAUCAGAGAGUCCACACUGGAGAAAAACCAUACAAAUGUGAAGAGUGUGGGAGGGGCUUCAGUCGCAAUUCAUACCUUCAAGGCCACCAGAGAGUUCACACUGGAGAAAAACCAUAUAAGUGUGAGGAGUGUGGGAAGGGCUUCAGUCGGAGUUCACACCUUCAAGGCCAUCAGAGAGUCCACACUGGAGAAAAACCCUACAAAUGUGAGGAGUGUGGGAAGGGAUUCAGUUGGAGCUUCAAUCUUCAAAUUCAUCAGAGGGUUCACACAGGAGAGAAACCCUAUAAAUGUGGAGAAUGUGAUAAGGGCUUCAGUAAGGCCUCAACACUUUUGGCCCAUCAGAGAGUUCACACAGGAGAGAAGCCAUACCAAUGUGAUGAGUGUGGUAAGAGCUUCAGUCAGAGAUCAUACCUUCAAAGCCACCAGAGUGUCCACACUGGCGAGAGACCAUACAUUUGUGAGGUGUGUGGAAAGGGCUUCAGUCAGAGAGCAUAUCUUCAAGGUCAUCAGAGGGUCCACACUAGAGUGAAGCCAUAUAAAUGUGAGAUGUGUGGGAAGGGCUUUAGUCAGAGUUCACGCCUUGAAGCACAUCGGAGGGUUCACACAGGAGGGAAACCAUACAAAUGUGAGGUUUGUACGAAGCGCUUCAGUGAGAGUUCACGUCUUCAAGCACAUCAGAGGAUCCACGUAGAAGGGAGGGCCUAUAAAUGUGAACAGUGUGGCAAGGGUUUCAGUGGAUUUUCAAGUCUUCAAGCCCAUCACAGAGUCCACACUGGAGAAAAGCCAUAUAAAUGUGAGGUGUGUGGAAAGGGCUUCAGUCAGAGAUCAAAUCUUCAGGCUCACCAGAGAGUCCACACAGGAGAGAAACCAUACAAAUGUGAUGCCUGUGGUAAGGGUUUUCGUUGGAGCUCAGGUCUCCUAAUUCAUCAAAGAGUCCACAGUGAUACUUUUUAUAAAAGUGAGCAGUAUGGUAAGCAUUAUCCAUCAGAUAAUCCAUACACAAAUGAAAUCCUAUAAAAUGGUAUUUUGUUUUGUUUUUAAGUCCUCAAAUGGAAGCUGAAUUUUCCCAUUUACUAGAGUUCUUAUAGUAGAAAAAGAUUAUCUUUAAUGAAAACGUGAUGUUUUAACCCAGUCUCACAAUAUUCACAAUAGGAGACCACACAGCAGAUAUCUAAUGAGAGAGGUUUCAUAAGGGAUGUAUAGCAUCAGUCAUUGCACAUGACUUUAACUAGUUGCACCAGGGCUUAUAAAGUACGGUGAGGAAUUUAACAAAAGUACAAUGAUGAGCAUGCCUAAAUCCAUAUCCACUAGAAUGUAAGCUUAAGGGGAGGAGCUUCAUUCACUGCUAAGACUAUAUCAUUGCCUAACUCAAUGUAGGUGCUCAGUACUUUUUGCUAAAUGACAAAGUGUGUAUUGAAAUUUUUAAUAAGCUCAUUUACCCACCCCAAAAAGACGUAUUUGGAAGACUGCAAGUAACCUUAAUAUAUCAAGUAUUUGAAACAUGGAACAUCAAGUAGUAUUUCAAUCUGAAAUGACAUGAAUUUGGUUGUUACCAUGUUAGGAUUUAUUUCUGCCCUAUAUGCUAUCUUAAGGAGGGAUGAGCUGAAUUUCUUACUAUCUGGUCACUUUUAUAUACUAUCAGUUUAAAAAUUUUAGCUGUGUGUGUGUGUCAGUAUGUACAUAUGUGCACUUCAAAUGACAGUGCAAACUGGUAAUGUUUCUGGUUAACUUUGCAAAAAUGGAACACUGCAUUUUACAUAAUUGAAUUUUUACUCCUGCCUGUGUGUUAAGGCAGAAUUUUACUGUAAUAUUUGGAAAGUGUCGGAAAUGGUUACUAAUGAAAAAUACUUUCUUAAUAAAUGUCAAAAUUACA